AUGCAAAAGACGACGACGGUUAGCACAUGGAAAACAGAAUGUAAUAAGUUUCAGCGUUUAGAAACUGGCUUUUAUCCAAACUCUGCCAGCAUUGUCGAUUUUCGGAUAUCCGCUUUGCUGAUCACGAUUAUUCUCAAUGUAUUGCAACAUAUUCCCACGUCUUGGCCAAUCCAAAUAUUUCAUAGUAAACAAAACUUUUACUUUUUAUCCAAUUCAACUGGUCUGAAACCAUACGUUUCAACGGGAAAAAUUAUCCUAGAGGAAUUGGAUGAACUAUCAAUCACCACUAACUGGCAAGAUUUUACAAAUCGUCUAUUCACUAAUCUUUCAUUUUGGCAACGAAUACGGAGUGAAAAGGUUCUAGUAUUUCAGUAUGAUUCGGUGUUUUGUUCCAAUUCUGCUCAUAAAAUACAAGAUUACCUUCAAUGGGAUUACGUGGGAGCUCCCUGGCAUUCUGAUCUCCAUGCACCAGUACCUGUGGGCAACGGAGGCUUCUCGUUACGUUCAAGGAGUAAAACAUUGGAGUUACUUAAACAAAUGACAUAUGAUUCGUCUUUACCCGAGGAUGUGUGGUAUGCAGUUCAUUUGCCGAAAGUCAACGCUUCAGUAGCACCAGAGCAUAUUGCUCGAACAUUCUCAGCUGAAUCGGUCUUUUACGAGACACCGAUGGGAGUUCAUAAAUUAAUAAUGAAUCCCACAGACACGAAAAAGCUAUGUGAGGCGUGUCCCGAAGCACGUUUUAUUCCACCAUAUUGCAAGUGA